AGGACCUUAAAACCCUUCAUUUUCAAAAACCGAAAAAAAAAAACCAAUUCAAAACCCUAAACCCAUCUCUCUCCUCCUCCAAAUUCCCUUGAAAUUCUCACCAUUUUCUUCUGUAAUUCCUUUGACCGCUCCUUCGAGCAUCCAUGGCUGAUCUCCCGAUCCUCAAAUUCGAAGAGAAAAUCGUUGAAACCGUGGAGAAGAACCCUGUCGUCGUCGUAAUCGGAGAAACCGGUUCAGGAAAGAGUACCCAGCUGUCUCAGAUCCUCCACAGGAGUGGCUACACCAAAUCCGGUAUCAUUGCUGUCACUCAACCCCGCCGAGUUGCCGCUGUCUCCGUUGCAAGGCGGGUUGCACAUGAACUUGGGGUUCAGCUUGGAGAGGAAGUGGGCUAUGCCAUUCGAUUUGAAGAUCGGACUUCAGAUAAAACUAUUAUUAAAUACCUUACUGAUGGGUGUCUACUUCGUGAGAGCCUCUCUAAUCCAGAGCUAAAUCAAUAUUCAGUAAUUAUAUUGGAUGAAGCUCAUGAGAGAAGUCUAAACACUGACAUAUUGUUGGGGCUGAUGAAACGCUUGGUUAGGAUGGAUUCCUCAAGUUUAAAGGUUCUGAUCACUUCUGCAACUUUGGAUGGUGGCAAGGUAUCAAGAUUUUUCUCCAAUUGUCCUGUACUGACCGUCCCUGGGAAGUUAUUCCCUGUGGAAGUAUUGUACAGCAGAGAGCGCCCUAAAAGCUAUAUUGAAUCUUCUUUGAAAACAGCUCUUGAUAUACACAUCAGGGAACCACGAGGAGAUGUCCUGAUAUUUAUGACAGGACAGGAUGAUAUAGAAAAAAUGGUGUCAAAGUUGGAGGAGAAAGUUCAAAGCCUAGAGGAAGGAUCUUGUAUGGAUGCCUUAAUCCUUCCGCUUCAUGGUUCUUUACCUCCUGAAAUGCAGGUACGUGUAUUCAGUCCAGCUCCUUCAAAUUGUAGGCGGUUUAUUGUUGCCACAAAUAUUGCUGAAACUUCUUUGACUGUUGAUGGUGUUGUGUAUGUUAUUGAUUCUGGAUAUGUGAAGCAACGACAAUACAACCCAUCAACUGGCAUGUAUUCACUUGAUGUUGUCCAGAUCAGUAGAGUCCAAGCUGAUCAGCGUGCGGGACGAGCUGGACGAACUUGUCCUGGAAAGUGCUACCGACUUUACCCCUCUGCUGUCUACCACGAGGAAUUUCUUGAUGCGACAAUCCCUGAGAUACAGCGGUCUUCUCUUGCUGGAACUGUUCUCUAUCUGAAAUCACUAGACCUCCCAGAUAUCAAUAUUCUCAAAUUUGAUUUUCUUGAUCAACCUUCAAGUGAGUCACUAGAAGAUGCUUUAAAGCAGUUGUACCUCAUUGAUGCAAUUGAUGAAAAUGGAUUGAUAACACACAUUGGACGGACAAUGUCUGAGCUUCCGUUGGAGCCUUCACUUUCUAGGACAUUAAUCGAGGCAAAUGAGCUUGGAUGUUUAUCCCAAGCUUUGACUGUUACUGCAAUGUUAUCCGCAGAAACCACUCUAAUUUCUACUCGGAGUAAGAACAGUGAGAAGAAGAGGAAACGUUCUUCGUCGGACCUUCCAGAUGGUUCUGGCUGGGGUGAUCACAUCCAAUUGCUCCAAAUAUAUGAGAAAUGGGAUCGAGCUAAUUAUGAUCCACAAUGGUGCAUUGAUAACAACUUGCAGGUGCGAGGUAUGAUGUUUACAAAGGACGUCAGAAAACAGUUAUGUCAGAUACUGCAGAAAAUAGCGAAAGGACCAUUAGAUGUACAAUCAAAUCGAAGGUCAAAAGAAAAGACAGAUGACUACAAAAGCUUGAGGAGGGCCCUGUGUGCUGGCUACGGAAAUCAGCUUGCGGAGCGGAAAAUCCAUCACAAUGGCUACCGAACUCUAGGCUACAAAUCACAACUCGUUCAGGUGCAUCCAUCCUCAGUGCUUGAAAUGGAUGAAGAUGGAAACAUGCCCAACUAUGUUGUGUACCAUGAAUUGAUUGCUACCUCUCGCCCUUUUAUGCGAAACGUGUGUGCGGUCGAGAUGUCAUGGGCCAUCCCAAUCUCAAGGAAACUAGAAAAAAUGGAUGUCAACAAGCUCAGUGGCGGUUCCAGUGCUUCUGGGGAAUAUGGACCUAAGGGGGACGAACAGUUAGGCUCGCCAAAGAAAGAAGUCGAUAUCAGUAAAUCUCCUGAUGAUCAUGACAGCAGAAUACAAGCUGCUCGGGAACGCUUUCUUGCUCGGAAAUCAAAGAAGUAGCAGAAUCCUAUUGAAUAUCAAUCAGAUUACCCAUCAAAAUGAGAGAUGGAAAUUCACGAAGGAGAAGCGUGCUGUUCAGCUCUGGAAUGUGGCAAGCAAAUGUGGGUUUGAUUCUCUGCCAUGAUGGUUUUUAUUAUUGCUUGAAACCGAUCGGCAACAGGUCAGCAUGUCUGUAUCCAACAGAGCUGGGUGCUGCGAUAUGAGGGAUUUGUAACAGAUUCUGGUAUCCCUUGUCUGCAUAUAUGAAUAAAUUGUUACCAACGAAAAAGGCAAAUUGAAAUGAAAUAUUUUAUGUUUGACCAUCUA